AACCACGAGAUGCGAGUGGAGCGUCCAUUCGCGAAAUUUGUUUACAUCAUCAAUUUCACUUCAUUUCACGUUACGUUACCAACUUGCUACUGUAGAAUUGAAUGCGCUUUGUACCGGUAGUUUUAUAUGUUGAUUAAUUUCCUUAGUUCGGGUUGUGUUUUUCAAAAUGAGAGUAAGGAUUACCGAAUGUCUGUUGUUGAUAUCGUUGUGCGUGCUGAGAAUAAAAGCCGACGAUUUUCAAAAAGAUGACGGUGUGAUUGUGUUAUCAAAAAGCGAUUUCCAGAAGGCAGUCGAUAGCAUCCAGUAUCUUCUCGUUGAAUUCUAUGCACCAUGGUGUGGUCAUUGCAAACAGUUGGCACCCGAAUACGCCAAAGCAGCCCAAGAACUGGAGAAAGAAGGAUCGUCUAUCAAAUUGGCCAAAGUCGAUGCGACUGAGGAAGGCGAACUCGCCGAACAAUUCGGCGUUCGUGGCUAUCCCACGUUAAAAUUCUUCAAGAACGGAAAACCACUAGAAUACGGAGGUGGUCGCCAGGCAGACACCAUUAUUUCGUGGUUGAAAAAGAAAACUGGCCCUCCUGCCAGGGAAAUCACUUCCGUCGAAGAUUUGCAACUAUUCAAGAGCAACAACACCGUCGCUAUCGUCGGAUAUUUCAAGGAUCAAUCUAGUCAGCUUGCGGAGAAGUUUUUGGCCACUGCUGGUUUGAUCGACGAUCAUCCGUUCGCCAUUGUGACCGAUGAAAAAGUACUCGCUGAUUCUUCCGUGUCUGAGGACAAAGUAGUUCUGUACAAGAAGUUCGACGAAGGAGAAGUUACUUUCGACGGUGAUGUUUCGGAAGAUGCUUUGAAAGCGUUCGUGUCGAUUCAGUCGUUACCGUUGGUUGUUGAAUUCAAUCACGAAACUGCUACGAAAAUUUUCGGAGGCGAUAUCAAAAGUCAUUUACUUCUGUUCCUUUCCAAGAAGGAAGGUCAUUUUGACGCGCAUUUAGAUAACGCUAAAAAUGUUGCGAAAAAUUUCAGAGAAAAGGUAUUAUUCGUCACCAUUAAUACGGACGAAGAAGAUCACGUACGCAUUUUGGAAUUCUUCGGAAUGAAAAAAGACGAAGUACCUUCGAUGCGCGCCAUCAGAUUGGAAGAAGAUAUGGCCAAAUACAAACCCCAAUCUGCUGAUCUGAGUGCGGAAAAUAUAGGCAAAUUUGUCGGCGAUUUCGUCAGCGGAGAAUUGAAGCAACAUUAUCUGUCUCAAGAACUACCCGAAGACUGGGAUGCUAAACCAGUCAAAGUAUUGGUAGCUAGUAAUUUCGAAAAAGUAGUCAUGGACACGUCCAAAGAUGUUUUGGUAGAAUUCUACGCUCCGUGGUGUGGGCACUGUAAACAGUUGGCUCCAGUUUACGAUCAGCUGGGUGAAAAUUUCAAAGAAAAAUCGGACGUCGUUAUCGCCAAAAUCGACGCUACUGCCAACGAAUUAGAAAAUACCAAAAUUUCAAGUUUCCCAACCAUUACGUUCUAUCCCAAGGACAAAUCGAAGGUGGUCGAAUAUAACGGAGAGAGAACGUUGGAAGGUUUAACCAAAUUCGUCGAAUCUGGAGGCCAAUACGGAAGAGCAGAACCAGAACCUUCUGUAUCUGACGAAGAAGACGAAGACGAAGAUAAAUCGAAAGAAGCGCUUAAAGACGAGUUAUAAAUGUCGUGAUCUAAUCGUCAUCAUCGAAUGUGUGCGUAUUUUGUUAUUUUGUUGUACUCUUUUUCUCCUUUUUACAUUUUCUUCCUAUGUACCAAAAAAAAGAAAAAUGAAAAAAAUAUUUAUAUAUAAUAAUGAUAAUAAUGAAAUGCGAUUAUUUUUUUUUUUUACCGACGACGAUGGAGAACUUCGCGUCGAGUGGAUUGUUUUGAAAUGAAUUUUGUAAAUGUUUUCGAAUCAUGUUUUUCCUUCCAGUUAUUAUAUAGUUUAUGUACGGAUCACUCACGGAGGAUGUAUUUGUAUUGUAUUAUACUUUUGUAAACUAAAAUUACUAAUUUAAUUAAGUUAUAUAAAUCAGCGGAAUUAUUAUUUUUUUACUAGGCUAGAAUUUGAUUGUCGAAGUGAGUACCUAUGUUGUAGUUGUAACAGUUAUUCUUGUAUCAGUUUCUAUUUUGUUUCCUUUUUUUUUUCUUUAUUUUUUUUUUUCUUUUCCUCGGACAUCAUUAUAGUGAUUAUUAUUAUAAUUAUUAUUAUCAUUCUUUAUUUCCAAUUCUUACAAAUACAAAUUAAUCGAUAA